AAGUCAUCUGCGAACAGUUUUUUCUGGAACAUUGCGUGUGAAAGGUUGAUAUGAGGCAGCGUGAGGCAGCAGCAGCAGGAGGCGACGAGGCGUGAGAGGCAGCAGCAGCAGCAGCAGAGUGAGGCAGUGUUGUGGCGGCCGGGGAGUCGACACACCUGCAGGAGCCUCACCAUCACUACCCUCACUCACUCACUAUGGCCCGCCUCAUGGAGGACCUUAAGGGCCACGACGACGACUACUACACCUUCCUCAACAUCUCCAGGAAGGCAACAGAGGAUGAGAUCACCAAUGCAUAUCGUCGACUUAGUCGGCUGUAUCAUCCUGACAAGCACACGGAUCCUGACCGUAAAGUGGAAGCAGAGUUGCUAUUUGGUAAAACAAAGAGGGCAUAUGAAGUACUAAGUGAUCCUCAUAUGCGAGCAAUAUACGAUAAUCUGGGGACAGCAGGAUUGGAAACCCAAGGUUGGGAGGUUGUUCAGCGAACUAAAACGCCACACGAGAUAAGAGAAGAAUAUGAACGCCUAGCACGUGACCGUGAAGAGCGUCGGCUUCAGCAGAGAACAAAUCCUAAGAGUUCAGUAACGAUGACAAUCAAUGCUACUGAUCUCUUUUCAGUUUAUGAUGACGACUCUCCUUUUCUAGACCUGAGGGAUUUGUUUGGGUUACCACAUAUUGAAAUUAGUGGAAUGGCUCUGAAUCAAGCAAUAGAGGCUCCAUUAACAAAUAAGGACACUGCAAUACUUUCUGGCAAUCUGUCAUCACACAAUGGUAAUGGGAGUGGUGGCAUUAAUUUUUCAAUUCGAAGGAUAACAUCUGAAAAAGGUUGGGGCGAGGUGGAAGUUGGAGCAGGAAAUGGUUUAACCUUGGCAACUAAAGGCUUUAGAAACUUCUCACGUGGUACGUUUGGAAAUGGCUCAAUUCUUACCCAUUUCACCCCCAAUGGGCUUCGUGUAGGCACGGUUGCAACUCUGGCAAACCAAUUAGACAAGCACACCGUGGGAUAUCUAACAUGGAAGGCCGGGAUGCAGAGCGGCAUGAAUACAAUGAUUAUACGUGAUACUCCCACCCAGCAUAUUGUAUUUUCUGCUUACAUUGGUAUACCACACACCUAUGCAGCCCUCUCUUAUACUCACAAAAUGCCAGACCAGGAAUCUAAAGUAAAACUAACUGGAAAGGCUGGCACAUUUGGAGCGAUAUUAGAGUAUGGAGCAGAAAAGAAAGUUUCUCAAAACAGCUCUCUUGCUGCAUCUCUAGCACUUGGUGUGCCCACAGGUGUUCAACUCAAAAUAAAGCUACAUCGGGCAUCUCAGACGUAUGCGGCUACUAUAAUGCUGUGCGAGGAAAUUAUGCCAGCACCAAUAAUAUAUGGAACACUGGUACCUCUUAUGAGUUGGUUAGCCAUACAAAAGCUCAUAAUUCAUCCCUAUCUGAGGAAACAAAAACAGGCUGAUCUGUUUAAGCAGCGAGAAUCAAACAGAAGCAGAUUAUUAGAGAAGCGUCGAGAGGCCAUGGCAGCUGUGGACCUGAUGCGAGAAACGGUGAGAAGAAUAGUUGAUCAGGAAGAGGCACGUAAAGGUCUUGUCAUACUACAAGCAUGGUACGGACAGCUAGUGGUGGAGGGUGAGCAGGAGGAAUGCGGCUCACCUGAGGUAGUUGAUGUGACUAUUGCCCUACAGUGCUUGGUUAAAGACUCCAAACUAAUAUUACAAGACUCAUCUAAGUGUUCUCUUCCGGGUUUUUAUGAUCCUUGCCCUGGAGAAGAAAAGAAUCUGUUUGUUCGUUACCUGUUUCAUGCUGUAACUCAUGAAGUAACAAUCAAGGAUAAUGAAUCGCUCAGGAUACCAAAACAGUCACAUCGUUUGGAAACGUAACACAAGAGGACUACAGAUGUAUGUACAUAGGCUACGGAAACUUGCCCUGUUUUAAAGUGUAAAUAAUGUAGAAUGUGUAUUAUAUGUUUGACUUAAAAAAUAUUGAUAGUACAGUUGAGAAUAUUAUACUGUGGAAGUAACUAAACUGGCCACCUGAGAUGUGGCAACACAAGCAAAAAUAAGUCGGUUACUGUAUUAAAUUAUUUAAUGCAGAAUG